UAACAUUUUAGUGAACGGUGUGAUACUGAGACGUUGCUCUGCCACCUAUUUGUAUUUGUAAAUAGACGUAUGUCAAAGUCACCCGGUUUGGACGAAUUCCAUAUCGGGUUCGUUGUACAUAAUAGUGCCAGUAUACAUGUUGUGCAUUCUGGACGUGUAGUCUGAUUCGUUCAGACAAGUGCUGAUUUCUUCUAAUAGAUAUGUCGUAUGCCAACCAAUACGUCAAUACCCACAACAGCUCUCCUUUGGAGAUGUCGCCAAUGUAUGUUAAUGAGGCGGCCACGACAAACCUGUACACUUACAUAUCAGAUGCAUCACUCGUGCAGAGAGAGGAAACAGUUAAUCAUGUUAAUGGAGUGGCCACGCCAAACCUGUACACUACCAUAUCAGAUGCAUCCCUCGUACAGAGACAUGAAACAGUUAAUUAUGUUAAUGGGGCGGCCACGACAGACCCGAACACUACCAUAUCAGAUGCAUCCCUUGGUCAAAGAGAGGAAACGUUCAAGAGAACGCCCUAUAGAAGAUUGUGUUGCUUUGCUGUGAUUAUUCUAUUGAUGGUAGGGGUUAUUGCUCUUGCGAUCAUCGGUAUAAUACAUUUGUCGGAACCGUCCAAGCAUCAAGAUCAACCAAGUAUGAAGUUUUCAGAGUCAUUACAAUUCUGUGUCGGAUCAAUAACCGCAAGUGCUUCCGCUUCUGCGCAGUCCAACUGUUCACGUCUCGCAACAAGUGUUGCCGUUGACAUAUUUAAGGUUAGAGUAUCAUUUCCUGGCAACAAGACAAUAGUCAAUUCAAGUAUGCGUCUUUCUGAUUCCAUCAAUAUCACUGUGGCCGGGUUAUGGAUUGUCAGUUGGUCAAAGGUUACAGAACAACUGACAGUUUCACCACGUCUGGGAGCUUUGACUUGUAAAAUGGAAGGGACGUAUUUAUUUGAGUAUCUGAACAGUUCAAACAGCCUUGUGUAUUACCAGAUUUUCUCACUUACGUAUCUGGGUAAUUUGGAUGAUGUGCGCGUAUCCGCUCAGCCGUAUUUGGCGGGAAAUGGCAUCAGCAAAUUAAUUCACCUCUCGUGUUCAAUGAAAACUGGAUGUCACCAUGGUGUUUUUGUUCCGGAAAUGAAAAAGGGAGAAGAUACUUUGUUUAUUCAUGACGUCUCGUGUACCUACACGUUCAAUACUUUUGAAGAAGGAGUAGUCACCUGCACGACGGAUAUCGACGCAGACGUUUGGGUUUCAAAGGAUGAAGUUAUAUGUUCCCUGAAGCUGGAUGACGGGGUGCAUCAACUAGUACCGGUUGGAAGAAUAGACACCAGUAACGUAAACCUGGCAAAUCAUUGCACUUUGGUAUCCUUCACGAUCGGCGAGCCUGGGUACAUCAACUGCAAGAAGAGGAUACAUGGGGAUGUGAAUAUCUUUCUGGAGAGGAAGGGCUACUACUUUGGCGACUGGAUAACGUUGCUUACCAUUUCUGGCGAAGGAAGCGGGAAAGCCCUCAAUGAUCGCCUUACGUUUACUGCAAUGAAAAAUGCAGAUAUGAUGGAGAUCAAUAUUACUAUGUCGGAGGUCCAUUGCGGUGAUAAAGGACAUCUGGCCUUAAACUAUUCAGACGGCUCGCGCACCAACAUCGAAGUCAAUGCCAUAUCAGCGGUGCCACCACGUUGUCACGGAUCUGAGACUAGAUCACUUCACGCUGACAACAACUUUAUAUUAUUCUGCGCAUGGUGUCCUGGUCAUGACGUCGAAGAAGUUCUUGUGAACCAUACCAAGACGGAAAACGGCGUUGGAACAAUGCUUCCAUCGUUUCCAAUCACAUUUUUUGUGGAUUCUAAGACGGAACAUAAAGAACAGAAUUUAACAAUAAAAUUUACCCAGCAGUAUGGUGUGAUGAGAGUGGAUAUCACCCGAUUAAAAGGAGUUGGCUGUAACUAUGGAGGCUAUUACUCCAUAACUCUCCGCUCACCACAAGGGUCGUCAAACAGAAACAUACAUGUUAACAUCACAAUCCCCCAAAGUCUGUAUACGUUUUCCAUUACCGACACCCCUGUGAUAGCCGGAAGAGAUCUUUAUGUUGAAUUCAAGGGAUUCAUGGGUUGUUCUGUGUCUAAUGUCAUUGCAAAGCAGGACGGUGUUUCACUUCUGGCGAGCGCAGUGACGGUUGCUGACGAGGACAUCAGGGAUGCACUAGCGUUCAAGAUCGUUUGGUCAUAUAAACCGGUGGAGCUUGCCUUACAUACCACAUUUAUCAAUGCAUCAAUGUCAUUUCCUCCACUGGGAGAGCAAAAUCGUAGAAGUUACACUACAUCCAAGAGGUUUGAUGUACUAGAAGAUUCCUUUUGUGACAACUUUGCAUCGUGUAACGUCGCACACCCGUCCGUCUUCGGCCUGUACAUUGCGUGUAACGCUGCUAGUCUUAUUCAAGCAGUGAACAAAUGUCCAGCUGGCCUGAGUCUAAUCUACCCGGAUCCAAACAACUGCUUAGGACAAUGUGGAUAACGUACAUGUGUUUAUCCGAGUGACCACUUUUCGCAGUAUCAUUAUUUUAGGUUUUUUUUAACGUUAUUUACCCGUUUAACCAUACCCUUUAUUUUUGUGUAACGCUAGCGGUACCAUAUAUAUUGAGCACAAUUGUCAACCUGGAUUGUUUCCAGAUCCAGUCAUCUGCCUAGGACACAUGAGAUAUAGUGAUUUGAAUUGAAUGUUUUUAAAUUUUGUUGUUGUUGUUAAAUCAAAAAUCAAAAGCACUUAUUUCACUUAAUACUUAGCUGAAUGUGCUACUUGUGUGUUUCUGAUAUUGAAGCUGAACUUUCAGUUUUGUUUAGUGUUCAAGUCGAAUAUAGCGUGUAAUAUGUCUUAACCUAUACAUCUAGAACUCUUUUAAAUAAGUUACUCCUCUAGAUCCAAAUAUAUCGAUUCUAUGAGUAGGCUACGGAAAGAACAAACACGUACAAAUGUUAUCCUACAUUUUGGGCACAGUUCAGAUAGAAUACGCGAUACAUAUUGUUUACAAAAUCCUGUUACAGAUGCAUUUUCUUCUGAACAUUUUAUGUAAUUAUUCAUUUGUGGUUAAAUUGUUCAAGGUUGUAAAAUGUUCAAUGUAUAUAGGUUAGUCAAUACCACUUAUCAGUAUUGAUUAACUAUUUAUUGAUGUACAUUAAUAAACUCGUCAUUGUUCCGAUACACGAAAUCGGUUUAUCCUAAUUUCACUCGCAUUUAGACCGAUCAUUUUUUCUUUAAUGACGAAAAAGUUGGCAAAGCAUGUUAUGAUGUAUUGAGUUGUCAAGUUAUAUGAAUACUGAAAGGUCGAUUCACAAAUGAAAUAUACACGGGAUCCCUGACCUAAUGCACGUAAAACAAAGGCAAAACACAUAAGAAAUGUAGCUUUAAUAACAUAAUGUAACUUUCCCUUAAUUUUAGUUUGGAUAUAAUUGUUGUGCAAGUUGGCCUGGGUACAAAAGUUGAUUGGGUGGCCCAGUUGGUUAGGACGAACAUAUAAUGAUCUGAGAUCGAGGGUUCGAAAUCCUAGUCAAAUCUAUUUGGAUUUUAUACUCGAAACACUGUUCGUUUGUUGUUGUUUUUUGGUUUAUUUUUUUGCUUAUUUAAUCUUCAUCAUUUAUCAUGAGAGUUCUAAAUGGUAUGUUUUUUCUUCUCAGAAAUGAUUUACUAAGCUACAUAUAUAUAUAGUCAU